GAAAUGUGGAAAGGCUGAACACAAGUUGUCUCAAAGCUCGCUAAAACGUCUUUACCUUGUCCCGGUUUGUCACGGAACCGGGCCGGACAGCCGCAAACAGAACCCGCAGGAGUUAAAGAGGGUUUCCGUGCGCGCGCCAGGCAGUCAUGGGGUCCAUGUUUCGAAGCGAGGAGGUGUGCCUGGUGCAGCUCUUCCUCCAGUCGGGCUCGGCCUACAACUGUGUCAGUGAGCUGGGAGAACUGGGCCUGGUGGAGUUCAGAGAUUUAAAUCCCAACGUGAACGCCUUCCAAAGGAAGUUUGUCGGCGAGGUCAGGCGAUGCGAGGAGCUCGAGAAGACUUUUACCUUCCUGGAGCAGGAGAUCAGUCGCUCCUUGUCUCCGCCACUGCAGGGUCCCCUCCCUCCUCCUACCCCGAUGCCUCCGGCCCCGCAGCAACGAGAGCUCAUCACUAUAGAGGAGGAAAGUGAGAGGCUGGCGAGAGAGCUGAGAGAGGUAUCCAGGAAUAGAGACAGCCUUCGUGCUCAGCUCAAUCAGCUCCAUCAGUACCGAGGCGUUCUUACCAGAACACACUCGCUCACAGCCAUGCAGGCACCACCACCUGCUCUAGAAAGCCAUGGCCCUUUUGAUAACCGCCAAGACAUCCGCCUCAGUUUUGUAGCAGGAGUGGUCCAUCCUUGGAAGGUCCCAUCGUUUGAACGGUUGCUAUGGCGAGCGUGUCGCGGUUAUAUUAUCGUGGACUUCAGAGAAAUGGGGGAACCACUUGUCCACCCAGACACGGGGGAAAUGGUGCAAUGGACCGUGUUUCUUAUUUCCUUUUGGGGAGAUCAGAUCGGACAGAAAGUGAAGAAGAUUUGUGAUUGCUUCCACACGCAGACGUUUGUAUACCCAGAGAGUACGGCAGAGAGAGAGGAGAUUCUUCAGGGACUUCAAGGCAGAAUCCAAGAUAUAAAUUCUGUGUUGAACCAGACUGAAGCUUACCUGCAGCAGCUGUUGGUACGAGCCGUGGCCAUCUUGCCCGAGUGGAAGGUGAAAGUCCAGAAGUGCAAGGCCAUCCAGAUGGUUCUGAAUCUCUGCAGUCCGUCUGUGACCGACAAAUGCCUGAUCGCUGAAGCCUGGUGCCCCAGUGCCAAGCUGCCGGAGCUGCAGAGCGCUCUCAGAGAAGGAGGGAGGAAGAGUGGCAGUGGAGUUGACUCUUUCUACAACCGCCUGCCCUCCACCGCCCCUCCACCCACUCUGUUUCCCCUCAACUCCUUCACAACUGGCUUCCAGAGCAUUGUAGAUGCUUACGGAGUGGCCACCUACCGUGAGGUCAAUCCUGCGGUCUACACCAUAAUUACAUUCCCCUUCCUGUUUGCGGUGAUGUUUGGCGAUGUGGGUCAUGGUUUGCUGAUGUCUCUGGCUGCCCUCUGGAUGGUCCUUGAGCAGAAUGACCCCAAACUCAAGAACAAUACAAACGAGAUCUGGAGAAUGAUGUUUGGAGGAAGAUAUGUGAUUCUUCUGAUGGGGCUGUUCUCCAUCUACACGGGGGCCAUUUACAACGAGUGCUUCAGCAGAGGCCUCACUACCUUCAGCUCAGCGUGGCACGUCCAGCCCAUGUUUGAAAGAAACAUAUGGAACUCGUCGGUGCUGGUAGGGAGCCAGUUUUUAACCAUGGAUCCAAACGUGACCGGCGUUUUUACCAGCCCCUAUCCGUUUGGGAUCGACCCCGUUUGGGGCCUGUCAAACAACAAACUAACCUUCUUAAACUCGUACAAGAUGAAGAUGUCAGUCAUCAUCGGUGUCAUUCACAUGACUUUUGGAGUCUGUCUGUCGUUCUUCAACUACUGGCACUUUGGCAAGAUCAGCAGUAUAUUCUUUGUGCUGAUCCCUGAGCUGUUCUUCAUGUUGUGUCUGUUCGGCUACCUUGUGUUCAUGGUGGUCUUCAAAUGGAUCGCCUACACGCCUGCUGAGUCCAAAAUGGCUCCCAGUAUACUGAUCCACUUCAUAGACAUGUUCCUGUUCACAAACAAUCCAGAAAACCCGCCGCUAUAUGAGGGUCAGCUCGUGGUGCAGAAGGUCCUGGUUGUGCUCGCUCUGUGCUCAGUCCCCGUCCUCCUCCUGGGGAAGCCGACCUGUGAAUACUUCACAUUCAGGAAUAGGCGGCAUCGUGUAGAUGAAGAGAGGCGUCCGCUGGUGGCCGAAGACGGCUCUGUGAACACCAGUCAGGGGGAGGUGGAGGGGGGAGCGGCUGAAGAAGAGGAGUUCGACGCUGCAGACGUGUUCAUGCAUCAGGCCAUCCACACCAUCGAGUACUGCCUGGGCUGCAUCUCCAACACGGCCUCUUAUCUGCGGCUCUGGGCCCUCAGUUUGGCUCAUGCACAGCUCUCGGAGGUGCUGUGGGUGAUGGUCAUGCGUCUGGCCCUGAGGUGGCAGGGCUACGUGGGGUCUGCGGUGCUCGUAGUGAUUUUCUUCUUCUUCGCCUUGUUGACCGUCUCCAUCCUCCUGGUGAUGGAGGGACUCUCGGCGUUCCUGCACGCGCUCCGUCUGCACUGGGUGGAGUUUCAGAACAAGUUCUACAGUGGAAUGGGCUACAAACUCAGCCCUUUCUCCUUCACGUCCCUGAUCGGCGCUCAUGCUGCUAUAUGAUUGGCCCAACGAUUGCCAAGCAGUUCUGUU